CGAGCAUCUGGUCAGAUAAACGAACGGUCUAGAUUAACCGAAAUGCGAGUUAUCGUCGAAACAAACGGAUGAAAUCUAGGAGGAGGACAAGACAGGACAGACCUCUUUUAGAUUACAGGAAGAAUCGCGGCCGCGGCGGCCGACGCCUGAAGCUUCUCACAUCUCAACUCACAUGUGUUUUUUUUUUUACAUAAAAAACGUUAAAAGGUCGGAAAAAGAUCGGCCAUUGUCUGAGACUUAGAGCGCCAAUCCAUGAAUUCCCUGCUCAAGUUUCGAAAGCCCUUAAGCUCUUAUCUCACCUCUCUAUCUUUGCACCGCUUCUCCUCGACUCUUAAUUAUGUUUUUGAGGAGACAAAGGAGGCAACGAGCUUUAUACACCCAACUGCAGUCGUUCAUCCAAAGGCUGUGAUUGGCCAGGGUGUUUCAGUAGGUCCUUUUUGCACAAUUGGUUCUUCUGCAAAACUAGGAAAUGGAUGUCACUUGCAUCCGUCAAGCCAUAUUUUUGGAAAUACAGAAUUGGGGAACCACUGCAUUUUGAUGACUGGUGCUGUGGUUGGUGAUGAUCUUCCUGGGCGUACUGUAAUAGGAAGCAAUAGCAUCAUCGGGCAUCAUGCUGUGGUUGGUAUUAAAUGCCAAGACAUGAAGUACAAGUUAGGGGAUGAAUGUUUUCUUGAUAUGGGGGAUAACAAUGAGAUCAGAGAAUUUACUUCGAUCCACCGAUCUUCAAAGUCAAGUGAUAGAACGGUUAUUGGUGAUAACAAUCUUAUCAUGGGGUCUUGUCAUAUUGCACAUGACUGCAAAAUUGGCAACAAUAACAUAUUUGCUAACAGUACUCUCUUGGCAGGCCAUAUCAUUGUGGAGGACUAUGUGCACACUGCAGGAGCAAUUGUUGUUCAUCAGUUUUGUCAUAUUGGUUCGUUUUCUUUCAUCGGUGGUGGAUCUGUGGUUUCACAAGAUGUUCCAAAAUACAUGAUGGUGUCUGGAGGGAGAGCUGAGCUUCGUGGUUUGAAUUUGGAGGGUCUUCGUCGUCGUGGAUUCCAUGUCACAGAGAUUAGGAGUCUGAGAACAGCUUACAGAAAAAUUUUCAUGCCCAGCAACUCAAAUUCUAUGGCUUUUGAUGAGCGUCUUUCUGAAGUGAUUUCACAUGACAACAUUCACAUUUUCAAGCUUUGUAUUCUAGCAUGUAGCAGAUAUAGCAUGAAUACCAGUCCAAGAAGCUCUGGCUUGUUUCGCAGUGGUUUGAUCUUUUGUUCUCGGAUAUAUAUAUAUAUAUAUAUAUAUAUUUAUAUAGACACACACACACACAUUGAGUGAAGCUGCUAUUGGUUUAAUCACAUUCAGCUACACAUUUGUCAACCUGUUGGCUAAGAUAUAGUCCGUAUUCUUAUCAAGCAGAUUUCAGCACUCUUUACCUCUGCCCUCAACAUCAAGAAUACAAAUUUUGGGAAUUUUCUUUUCUUGUUUUCUUUCAGUUUGUAGUUAUGUACUACUACAUGGCCAAAGUUGCUGACUUGUGUUCCAUAAGUUCGCUCAUUUUAUAUCAAAAUGAUGUCUGGUUUAUUGAAGAUGGAUGAAGAAGGUUCAUCAUGUUCUCUUGCCUUUUAUGUCAUAGUUACAUUUAAGUAUUCUACACGAUUUGGUUUUGGGAUAAUUUAAUGAUGAAAUCGUACUUUGAGAGAAACAUGGUCCCUUUUCUUUCAUGGUUUCCAUGGCGUUUUCAUUGUUGAAACAAGCCAAUAGCAUCUGCUUGAUGUGUUUUGCUUCGUGGUAAAGCAUGAUCCUGCUCUGAAUAUAAGCAGGUUUUCUUUUUGAGGAAAACAACCCACUUUUUCUUUUCAGUAUUUUCUUUUGUCCCAUUAAAAAGCCACUGAUCAUUAGUUGAACUGUCUUUUUUAUACUUUUGUUCCUUCACCUGCACACUCUACCA